CACAAAGAAAAAAAAAAGCCACUCUCUCGCGAUUUCCCUAGUCUUUCGGUGUGCGUGCGCGUGUGAAGGCGAGCAAGCGAGCGAAAGCGAAAGAAGCAGCAAGCAGCAAGAGGAGGAGGCGGAGGCGGCCUCCUUUGCAUGUGAGGAGAGAGAGGAGGUGAGGUGAGGGGGGCCAUGUCGAUCGCACUGGAGAGUGGGCCCGGGCUAGGAGGAGGAGGAGGGGGCGGCGGCGGGCCCCGGUUCGGCCGCGUCGCCCGCUGCGCCUACGCCGCCUCGCCGCCGCCGGCGUCGGUGGGGGCGCGCAGCUCGUCGUCGGUGGGGAGGGACAGCGACAGCCCCGCGGCGGCGGCCAAGUGGGAGUGGGACGGCGAGGAGGUGGAGGGCGGCGACGGCGAGGUGCAGAGCUCGUACAAGGGGCCCUUCGACACCAUGGACGCGCUCCAGGAGGCCCUCCCCUUCAGGAAAGGGGUAUGCAAGUUCUACAAUGGCAAGUCUGGAUCUUUUGCAAAGCUUCAAGAUUCCGUGAUCCCAUCUCCACCUGAGAAAAGUCUUCCAAAGCCAGAAAACCCAUCCCCUAGGAAGCGGAAAGGUCUUCUUCCGUUCAGUUUCAAGUGGGGCAAGCCACAGAACAAAGAGGUAUUCCCUGAAGAUGAUGUGAUCAUCAGCCCUACAAAUUGCAGGAGAAUGACAUUGUCACCAGCUGCAACAAGCAGUUCGGGGAGCAACAGCGGCAGUGAUGAUGAACACUACCGCUCUCCGAAGCUGCAUACCCGUCAGCCACUCCGAAGGCCCAGCAAUGCCGCCAUGGGUGUCUUUGCUUCUCCACCUGCACCUCGUCCACCGCAGGUGUUAUCAGCUCAUAUGAGAUCACACUCGAUGCUUGAUCUGCAGGAUGUGACAGAGUCGACCGCCAUGGUUUCUCCCAGGGACAAGCGAAGGAGGAACUAGGAAGGGUGGAUCUUGAUGUGUUGUCGGUCUGGUCCAACCGCUGGUGCCCAUUUUAGACUGCGGAAUCCAGUGGCGAAUGCCGUCGUGGUGGUAGGGCGCGUGCAAUGCUUUAGGGGGGUGGGGGGUGUUUUGCGAGGUCAAAUGGACUCGUAUUCAUAGAGCUUGCUGUUCUCCUUAUACUUGAUGUACUGGGAUACAUACAGAGAACCUGAGAAACUGAUGUCGUUACCUGAGUUGGUGGGCUGCAUGCGUUGAUUACAGGUUGACUUGUAAAUGCUGAACUCUGCUUUUGUCGAUUAUAAUUCAAUCAUGUGGCCUGCUCUAUUACAUUUUGUAUA